ACCUCGGUCCUGGAAGUGGAGCUCCCUGAACACACCAUCAUCCUGGUGCCCGAGGGCCUCCAGGCUUCAGACCAUCUUGGACAGCCUGGGUUCUUCUCCGCCAGCCCGCAGGGGGGCGCUGGCCUGGAAAUGCCAGAGGAGGACCUGCUAGUCCUCCAGCUGGUAACCUCCUGUGAGUUCAUUCUAGAAAUUUCCUACCAAGAGGAAUCCUAUGAUGAGGAUGAGGACUCUGGCUCCCUAUCACCCUGGAUGGAUUCUCCAGCUGGUCAGGCAAGUGAGCACUUUUCCUCCACCAACAGGAUGCCCAGUCCUUGGCCUCAGGGCCACAUCCCAGAACCAUAUCCUUCAGGGCCUUCCCCUAAUGCAGAGCCAUAUUCUCCAAGGUCUGUCUGGGACCAGGACAGCUACCUGCUGGGACCCUUCCCCAGCUCACCCCUGCAGCCUCUGCCUCCAUCUCCUCCUCCAAGGCCCCAAGAGCAGCGCCCUCCAUCCUCUCCGAGGUCCCCAUGCAAGGCCAGGAAGAGACUGUUCUGUGAAUGAACUGCCCUCCACCAAUCCUGAUGCCCCUCAAAUGAGAGAUUGGCUCCCAGCACCAUCGUGAGUGCCUCUGCACAGCCUACAAG